AUGGACGCUGUGCAGACGCCUCACUGCUGCUCAGCUCGUGGAAACAGGUUCCUCACGGCCGGCCGCCUGCGAGCGCACGUGAAGGUCCACGCCUCCGACAGAACUCACUGCUGCAGCAUCUGCUCCAAGAGCUUCCUGCGGCCCGGCCUGCUGCGCAAACACAUGAGGAUCCACAUCCGAGACGGACUCAUCGCCCCCCCCGCCGACCAGGAGUUCUGGUCCAACAUGCAAACUGUGCAGGAGGAAGAGGAGGAGGAGGAGAAACGAGGGAUGAAGAUGGAGGACGAAGAAGAAGACGGUCUGGACGAGCAGAUAAGAAAUGACUCAGGAGACCGUUCAGCCGGCGCCGAGUCCUUCACCUGGACGUCCAGCCGGCUGCCAGGUCCCCAGGAGAACCCUGACCGCUCGGCUCUGAGGGAGGACGACGGGGACGUCAGCGGUUUGAUAAACUCUGAUGGAGAGGAAGAGGAGUGGAGGCCGCCCCUCACAGGUUCUCAACUCUCACGUCACAUAACACAGAUUCUUUAUUCACCUUUACAACUUGAAUCUCAGUCACUCACUUCUCUCCUCGCCUCCUACCCGACCUUCCUUCCCUCGCCUCCUCUCUCCUCAGUUCAGAAUCUCAUUUACUCUCCUCAUGUUUUAUUUUCACCUUCACAUGUGAAAGGAGCUGUGACCCGGUGACGCUCAGUUAGUUGGUUCAAGUCAAUCUGAGCCUCACGGGUCGGUUUGGUUCCUUCACAUUGAGGAAGUGACACAAGCAGAAUGAGUUCAGAUUCUCUUCAGGUACAAACAAGACGUUUGGAGAAUUCUUAAUAUUAUUAUUGUUUUGACCAGUUUCAGGCUGGAAGUUGGAGAAAUAGAAAAUAAGCACAUUUUCAUUCAACUUAACUCAAACCUUGUGUGAUUCUUUCCCAGACUCAGCGAGCGGCUC